AAUUCACUUUGUAUUUAACUUUCGUUUCGUGUAGACAACAAUCGACGACGACACAACAGCAACAUCCCGACGUAUACGACGACGAAAAUUAAUUUGGGUGGCUAGUCUGUUCCGUUUGCUGCUACUCUAAGUUCGUUUUUCAGUGUUUGUUGUGUGUUCCUCUUCUUCACAUGGCCCGUAUGUGAUAGUUCCAAUAAUUUUGUUAUUUGUUCUCUUUUGCAUUCUUAUUCUACGUCGUUCUUUCUUGUUGCCACAGCGGCGCGUUGUGUCUGAAAACGGUUUGUGUGUGUGUGUUUUUUUUUUUGUUAUUUUUGAAUCUAACGAACGUUUGCUUAUUUGGUGGCUGCGUGUGUGUAUGUGUGUUUUUUUGCAAUAGACUUUAAAAGCAACUCUCACUACAACUUGGCUUUGUUUAUUCAAUGGUGUAGUGCCGCUACCUGUCAUCUAUCUGCAUUGCUAUUUUGUUUUUCCAACAACGACUAAGUUAACAUUUUUUUUAUUAAAUAAAAUUUGUCCAAGUUAAAGUGUACUUGCUGUGAUAAAAUUGCAAUAUCAUUAGUAUUUUAAAAAUACAUUCUUAUAUACAAAAAAAAAACAAAAUUUCGUUUAUACAUUGGAAUAUUAAAAAGACGAAACUCUUCAUAAGCGGUGUCUUGAUACAACAACAACAUCAAAGAAAUCGAAAUUUCACAUGACAAUCUAAUGAAAAAUAAAUCGCACUCGCUCGCUCCUCUUCUCGAAAAAAUCCAAAAAGAAAGUUAAAAGAAAAUAAUUCGAAAGCUAAGCUAACAGGACAGAGUCAGAGAGUCAGUUGAAUAUGUUUUAUGCACACAUUAUAUUGGCCAAAAAAGGCCCUUUGGCAAGAGUAUGGCUGGCGGCACAUUGGGAUAAAAAGAUCACAAAGGCUCAUGUAUUUGAGACGAACAUUGAAAAGUCGGUGGAGGGCAUUAUGCAGCCCAAGGUGAAGCUGGCCCUGCGCACCUCCGGACAUUUGCUGUUGGGUGUGGUGCGCAUUUAUUCGCGCAAAGCCAAAUAUUUGCUGGCCGAUUGCAAUGAGGCAUUUGUGAAAAUCAAAAUGGCCUUUCGACCGGGCAUGGUCGAUCUGCCCGAGGGCCAUAGGGAGGCCAAUGUGAAUGCCAUUACCCUGCCCGAGGUGUUUCAUGACUUCGAUACGGCUUUGCCGGAGUUGAAUGACAUAGACAUUGAGGCGCAGUUUGCCAUGAAUCAAUCGAGGGCCGAUGAGAUCACCAUGCGCGAGGACUAUGGCAGUCUGUCGCAUUCGCUGCACGACGAUGGUUUCGGGGAUAUUGGCUUUGGCAGUGACACACCCGAUAUGGUGCGCGACCACUUGGACUCGCACAUGAACGAUCAGCUGUUCGAGGAUGAGGUUAUGCCCCACAUGGCGCGCGAUGGCGCCGAGGCUAGUAUAAGUCUGCAGGAGCCCAGCUUGUCUAAUCCUCGUCUGGACAUGGAUGCUGAUGGCUUUGGCGACGAAUUUGGCCAGCGGGAGUUGUUUGACGAUGAGCUUUUCGGAGAUCCGCCGCGCCUGGAUGAAGAGGUGCAACAGCGUCUGGACAACCUGCCUAUUAUAGAGGAUUCCGAUGAUGAUCAUUUCGAUGUUAGGGCCGCUUCGCCGGCCUCUACAACUCCCGGUUCGCCUUUGCCCACGCACCAGCAUGAGGACGAUCAUGCCAAUCUGGAUGCCCCUGGCAAGCCGGCACAGGCCGAGCAGGUCGAUGAGAAUCUGGAACAGUCUACUCUCUUGCAAAACGAAGAGGAAAGCUUUGCCUUGGCCCCCAUAGAGGCCUCAGCCUACAAGGGUAUAACCAAAAAUGCCAAACGCAAAAGAAAACUCAUUGUCGAUGAGGUAAAGAAUAUCUCUGGCGAAGAAAUGAAGGCCCAAUUGGCCAAUACUUCAGAUAUUGUGACCAUCCUGGAUCUGGCUCCUCCCACCAAGCGUCUGAUGUAUUGGAAGGAGACCGGCGGUGUGGAGAAGUUGUUCUCUCUGCCCUCUCGCAUGAUUCCGGCCCGUGUCCUAAUGUUCAACUACAAUCGUCAUUUAAUUUCGCGUUUUACCGCCCUCGAGGACUUUAGUUCGCUAGGACCAGCCGAUAUGUUGGCUCUUGAUCAUAUCAGCAAUGAGAAUGAGAACGAUUCCUUGGCCAUCAUCACCAAAAAGGGUCGCAAGCGCAAGCUGGAUGCCGCCAACAUAGAUGCAGUACCGCCCACAGCAGCCCCAGCGGCAGACAACACUCUGACUCAGAAUAUCUCGCUACCGGAUCAAGUGCGUGAACAACAGGAUAUGAUAAAUGCCACAGCCGAGUCGCUACGCUUGGAAGUUGCAGGUGCCGGCAAUGACUCUUCGAUACCGCCCGCCGAGGCCACCAUCUAUGACAAUUGUCCGCGCAGCCCGAAUCCCAUGUUUGCCCUCAAUGACAUACACAAUUUAGAUAAUUUGCCCAGUGAUUUGGGUAGUUUGCACCAUGAUUUGGACCAUGAACACGAUUUCGAUCAUGUGCAUAUGACGCCGGGCAACUUGCAUCAUGGCCAAAUGACUCCCCACCAUCCAGAGAUUGAGGCCAUUGAAUCGAUACCAAAUCUGCCGGUGGAUCAGAUAUCUUCCAUACUCAAGGAAGCCGAAAGCAUGCCACCCCAGCCACAAGCCGAACAAUUGGAUGCUACAUUGACAGAAGAACAACAACAGCAGCAGCAGCAGCAACAACAGGAACAACCACAACAACAACAAACACCUAUAGCCACCAGUCUAGCAUCGGACUGGAAUGAAUUCCCUGCCUUCCCAGCCUCCAUAGAAAUUCCUCCCAAUGUGCAGGAUGAACAACAAGAAAAUGAAACCAGUGAACAAUUCGAGGAGCGUGUGUUAAACAAGCGAGCCGCUCAAAUGUUCUACGCCGUCAAGAAUCGUCUGGUCCAACAGGAGUGCCUUGCACUCUCCGAUUUGACGGGCCACAAUUCCCGCAAACAGGCAGCCCAAAAAUUCUAUUCACUGUUGGUGUUGAAAAAGUUUCGUGCAUUAAAUAUCGACCAGGAGGCUCCCUAUUCGGACAUUAUCAUAACGCGGGGCACCCUAUUCGAUAACCCCAAGCUCUAAAGUCGACAAAAUUCAAUUUCACAAAAUUAUGAUUUAUUUUAUAUGAUGAUUUCUAUUUUUCGAUGCAUGUCUGUUUUUAUUAAAGUACAGUUUUAAUUAUAGUAAUAAAAUUCUAAGAAACAAAGUAAAUAAAUAAA